AAAUGUGAAUGUCGGACAUGAAUAACAACGCGGUGCUUAGCUCCGCCGUCACAUCGCCCUACAUAAAUUUUGCGGUCACACUUGGCGAGCUGGUCCGACAUGGUUGCAUGCUUGUCAGGCUCACAACUCCCCAGGGACCAGUAGGUGAAAUAGAUGUCAAGUUAGAGCGAACUAGCACCAAUAUUUCUAGUGUAGAAUAUCCGCAACAAGCUUCCGGUAUUAGUUCCAUUUCAAAAGUGACUGGGUCAGGAGUCAGUGAUGGAACUACAUUUCCUGGCGAUGCGCAGAUAGCUUCAUCGUCGUCGGCAGCACUCAGUAAUUCACUUGACUGUUUUAUUGGGAAUAUAGAUGAAACAGUUGGAGUAGCGACUGAAAAAUUUCGAAUUACAGCCAGAGAUCAACUACAGUUUUUAGUCCAACAGUUUUCAAAGCCAAGAAAACGAAGACGAAAAGUUGUUAGGAGGGAAUUGAUAGCUUUUAAAAAAGCAAUUUUAAGAGACUACAACAAUAGAGCAAUGAAGUUUCAAGUCAAGUUUGAUAAUUAUCGACAAGUUGUGCCUCCUGAAGAAUUGAUUCAGAGCACAAAACAUCGUACGCAUCAUACUCCGGUCACGAAUGCAUUCCAUGUUGUCAAUGAAACCGAACAUAAACAUCCAAUCAAGAGUCCAAAGUUGCAAAGGAGUUCUUCCUCUGGAAUUGGCCCCCGUGCUUCCACAAGUGCCUCCUCAUCAAAAAACACCUCACCCACCCGUCGUGUGACCAACUCCGAUCAGCGUCAACCAACUCCUAACUUGCCCCUAAGUUUACUGCCUACUGACUCUGCAAGAUCUCAAGAACAGGAGGAGAACAAUGCAGCUGCCCUGUCACUGGCGUCGCCGGUCGACCCCAUUGAUCAGUUCAUCAGUCUGGCUCCACCUCUCAACCCAAACCAAAUGCUACCUGGAGGCUAG